UGUUACAUGUUUAGUUUGCCAUUUUUUAAAUGAACCGUCUCCCAUAAAUAAGAAGCUUUGAUUUGAAUAAGAAGCUGGUAAAUAAGAAUCUGGCGGAAUAAGAAACUAACUUCAGUCUCCUCUGUGACCUCGCCUUCAUUGAACAGCGGCGUUAAAGCUUCAGUCCUAUUAGAAGAGAGAUCCCUGGAACUGAACGGCUUCACGAUGGACAGCCAGGAGGAUAAAAUAAGGAAGAUAGGAGAAGAAGUGAUGAACAAGCUGAUGGAUGAACUGAAGAAGAAGAUGGAAGAGAAACUGAAGAAGAUAGAGCAGGAACUGGAGAAUAUGGAGAAUGAACUGGGGAUGGAGAUGGAGGAGGAACUGGAGAAGGAAGUAAAGGAACAGAAUAAAAAGAUGAGGGAGAAACACAGGAAAGAGAUGAAGAGUAAAAAGGUGAAGAAAGACCAGGCAGAGGGGUUGAAAAAACAGAGGGAAUCUCUCCAGGAAAACACAGAAGAAAAUGUAGGAGCAUCAAUAAAAGAGGGUGCAGGGACAGGUGCAAUUGAAGGUGCAUGCGGAGUCGUUAUUGAAGAAUUAACCGAAAUCAUACCAGACCUAUUUACAAACACAGUCAACACUAUCGUAAUCAAUGGCCCAAACUUAAUAGCAGGCGCAGUCUCAGGGAUUGUCAUAGGUGUAGCAGCAGGAGCAGCUGGAAGCGCAGUCGAAUACUAUGUGGAAAAACAAUAUGGAGCCUCAGCCGGAAAAGCAGCUGGAUCCGUGGUCGAAGCAACUGCCACAGGCCUAUCCAUGGGCGGAGCUAAGCUUCUCAACAAGAAACUGGAUUACAAACUGACUGAGUCAUUAAAUAAGAAAAACAUCAGUUGGAUGAAGGAUGAGAAGAAACUGAAGGAGAUGGAGAAGGAACUGGGGGAGAAAGAGGACCAACUGAAGAAUGAGAUUGACAACAUACUGAAGAAGAGUGUGGUCAAACUCAAGGAACUCAAGGAAACAAAGGAGAAACUUGGCAACACAAAGAAGAAAAUUGACAUAACAAAGAAGAAACUGUAUCAGACAAAGGAGAGAAUGGUGGCAAAACCCUCAAUGAAGGAUCUGAAUGCCAGAGUGCAGAAACUGAAGGAUUCAAUGAGCAUUCUGGAUGCCUUUGCAGAAACUUGAGGAAACAGAUAACUAUCUGGAUAGACUGAAUGAGGCAGAGAAAAAUCUGGAAGCCAAAGUGAAAAGACUGGAGAAGGCAAAGAACAAACUGAAUGGCACACUGCAGAUACUGGUGGAGACAAUUAAUGAAGUGAAGGAGACAGAGUGGUGCCUGAAGGAGGCAGAGAACACUCUGAAUGCCAUCGUGUGUUAUCUGAAUGACACAGGUAAAGAACUGAAGGACAUAAAUAAUAAACUGGACGACAUGGAGAGGGAACUGAAGGAGAUGGAGAUGAAAAUGAAGAAGGAGAUUGAGGACUUACUGAACAAUGCAAAGAAGAAACUCAGCACUGUGAAGGAUACAAAGAAGAAACUGGAUGAGACAAAGAAUAAUCUGCACAAGACAAAGGACAGAAUGAAGGUGGUAAAACAGGAUCUGAAUCUCACAGUGCCGAAUCUGCAGGUGUCAGAAAACAAUCUAAAACCUUCAGUGAAGGAUCUCAAUGCCAGAGUGUGGAAACUGGAGGACUCAAGGAGCAAUCUGGAUGUCACUUUGCAGAAACUUGAGGAAACAGAUAACUAUCUGGAUAGACUGAAUGAGGCAGAGAAAAAUCUGGAAGCCAAAGUGAAAAGACUGGAGAAGGCAAAGAACAAACUGAAUGGCACACUGCAGAUACUGGUGGAGACAAUUAAUGAAGUGAAGGAGACAGAGUGGUGCCUGAAGGAGGCAGAGAACACUCUGAAUGCCAUCGUGUGUUAUCUGAAUGACACAGGUAAAGAACUGAAGGACAUAAAUAAUAAACUGGACGGCAUGGAGAGGGAACUGAAGGAGAUGGAGAUGAAAAUGAAGAAGGAGAUUGAGGACUUACUGAAAAAUGCAAACAAGAAACUGGAAAAUGUGACGGCGAAACAGAAAGAACUUGACAAAACAAUGAAACAUGUGCAGAAAAUGAAGUUGACAAAGGAGAUACUGGUGGAGGCAGGGAGCAAUCUGGAUGUCACACUGCAGAAACUGCGGCAGAAUCUGGUUGCCACAGUGCCUAGACUGGAGAAGACAAAGAAAAAUCUGAAAGCCACAGCGCAGAUACUGAUAGAGGCAAAUAGUGAACUGAAGGAGAUGGAGAACAAUCUGAAUGACACAGUGCAGGGCCUGAAUGAGAUCGAAAUUAAACUGAGGGAGUUACAAAGAGAGAUUGAAGGACAUAAAUAGUAAUAAAAAAGGAUGCCAGCCUGCUGGAGAAACCAAAUAACGAGGAACAGGGAUCUUGUCUUUGGAAUGCCGCAGAAACACAGACAUACAACAUAUGCUGUGGCUUUUGUGCAUAAAUAUGUCUCUCGUUGCUAUUUGUGAUGGCAGUAACUGGAUCAAUAUGAUCUAAUAAUUGUAGUUUUUUUUAUUUUUUUGAUUAGGGACACAUAUAAUAAUGACAUGACAGUUACCUGGCACAAGAUGCAUUGUAUUUUCAAUUUAUCCAGAAGGAUCAUUUUCAUUGACAGUCCCCAGGAAGACAUUGAUGACCAUUAGUAGCCAUCAAUAACAACUAAUCCAAUACAAACUAAAAUCAUAUAAUAAAUACAUAUCACCAAUAUACACAACUAAUCUCAAAUACUUCAUAUAAAACAAUUAACAAUUCAUGUUAUCAAAUAAUAAUUCAACUUCCACAACUUAAGUAACCAAUUCACAAUUCAAAUUGAUAAACAUCCCAAAUAAACUAAUGACUGCAUAAUUGGUUAUUUUUCAGCCAGGUCUUGAGUUUAUACAGAAUAUUUUAAAAUCUUUUAAAACCUUAAUUUCUGUGGGAAAUUAAUUCCAAAAUGUGAUGCCUCUUACUGAUAGAGCCGUUUGGGCAAAUGUUGUUCUAUGCUUUUCUACUUUACAGUUCCCACAUACAGCAUCCUUUCUACUGUUAACCUCAGAAAGCUUUUUCACAAAUUCUUGCAAUGAUGGAGCACCCAAGACAUGCAAAGUCUUAAAUACCAAUCUAGCAAACGAAAAUUUGACAAAAUUAUCAAAACUCAGCAGUUGGUACUUAGUCAAAACAUUACAAUGAUGGUAUCUCCCAGGUUUUUUAUCCAUAACUUUUAGAUCUUGAUUAUAAAGACAUCAUAUUGGAUUAAUUACAGAUUUACCUGCUUGGGACCAGGAAGUAUACAAUAAGAUAUAUGAGUGCAUGAAUACUUUAGAAGCAUUAGUUGUUAAAUUAGAUCUGAUAUGUUGAAAAUUUGCUAAUCAAAUUUCAAGUGUGAAUCAAUAAUAAGUCAUAAGGAUUUAACUUCUGGGACUUCCUCAAUAACUUCUCCUUCAAUUUAAACAUUAAAGUUACUUUAGAGAAACAAAUACUAACGUUUAGUGUCAAACACGAGCAAUUAAGCCAAUCUGAUAUUUUCUUCAUAUAAUAGUUUAGAAGCUGGUUUUUGCUGAUACAUAUAUAACUGUAUCAUCAGUUUACAUCUGCAAACCUGCACCUGGGCACACCUCAGGAAGAUCAUUAAUAUAUAAACUAAAAAGUAAAGGUCCCAUCACAGACCCCUGUGGGAUUCCAGCUACACAUUCUCUAAAAUGAGAUUGAACAUUGUUAAUUAAAACACACCAUCCUUUAGAUUAUCCUUUAGAUAAGACUCAAUCCAUCUUAAUGCCAGGUCUAAAAAAUUACAUUUCUGUAAUUCAGAGAGGAGAACGUGGUGAUUAACUGUGUCAAAUGCCUUCUUUAGCUCCAAAAAGACAGGCCCAACCACACCUCCUUUAUCCAGUAUUCAGUAGAAUACUUGGGUCUAAAGCCAAACCAUAGUCGGUGGAAUUUUUUUUAGUUAUGAUUGAGUUAUGAAAUUAUGAUCUCAUUGUAGUUAUGCGUAGGCGUCAGCUCUUGUGACUGUCAGUCUUGUGUUCAGAGUUGGCAUGAUGUUUGCUAUUUAUCUGAUAAUCGCAACCAUUUUCCCUAGACUUCUGAAACCGACUUUAAUUUAAACUACACCAGUUAAUGAAUUGUUUCAUAUUUGCAUCGUAGGAAUAAUUUGUGAAAAAGAAUGUAGCAGCCCAGUGGUUCUUAACCCGGGUCCUGGAGUACCCCUGCCUGCCCUGCCGGUUCUUGAUCCAACUGAGGUCUCAAUUACUUAAUUGAACCCUCAAUUGAACUAAUAAUUUGCCUAGUCAGAGCUUUUUAGCUAUUUUAAACAGUUGGAGAUUUCAAGUUAAGUGUAAAAGAAAGGAACUUGAAUUCUCCAACUUUUUAAAAGCUACACAAUAAAAAAAAAGUAAAAUUAAACAUGAAUUAAAGGGGAACCCGGCAGUACAUACCAAAUUAAAGAUGAACUAUCACACCUUGCUGUCCAGCUGAAUUUGGUUAUUGUAUAAUAAUCAUAUGUGUAGCUGGCAAUAAUAAUAAUAAUAAUAAAGUCAAUUUAAUUCCGUUACUGCUAACUGUUAAAUUAUUUUGACAAAUCUACAGGGUGCUUACUUUUUUGCUGUGCAUUGUUGGUGCGAUAUAUUAGUACAUUAAUUAAUUAUUCAGGUUUGUAUUAUACUGCAGUUAGCAUUUUUAAAAUGUGGCAUUUUUUUCAAAUACUGAGCUUGAAAUAUAUACCGAUAAUUAAUGUCAGUGACAAUCCCAUGAACUGAGUGGUGGGAAAUGCUGUCAAUCAACCCACAAUAUCCUUUUUUUCUUUUUUCACAACCACUAACACAGCAAAGACUUGUUUCCGCACAGAAGUUUUAAAGCAAAUGUGUACGCUUCACUGCUCAGAACACAAGUCUCCUGGCUCAGGAGGGAUGCUCCAGAAGAGUGAUUUUGGACAUUGGCAGUGUGGCAUUAUGCAGAUGUUUUUGGAGGAUAUGAUUAUUAUACAAUAACCAAAUUCAGCUGGACAGCAAUGUGAGAUAGUUUAUCUUUAAUUUGGUAUGUACUGCCGGGUUCCCCUUUAAGUAACUGAGAGCUCGGUUGGAGCAAAACACAGCAGAGACAGUGAUACUCCAGCACCAGGCCUGAGAACCCCUGCCAUAGCCCAGAGGCACACAUACUAACCAGGUGUUGUGAAAUAUUCAGUAUCCCAUAGAUGAUUCACUAGAUGAUUUUCCAUACACUUUUUUUUAACUCGCUCGCUACUCUAGCAAGUAUACAUUGUACCGAGUAUACACUUACAAAAUAGAAAUGAACCUUGAUCCAGUUACAUAUUUACUUUUCAUAAAACUAACAACAAACAUUUAGUUGUGUUCUUGCAAGAAUGGAUAUACAUCCAUGCUACCAACAUAAAUAUGCUGGCUGUAUUGUUAAAAUCAUUAUUAGUAUUAAUAGGUAUUUGUUAUAGGGCCAGUGUUAAUUCACCAUUUAUUACAUUUCACCUCUACACACCAUAUUAAGCAACUAUUAAUUUCUGAAAUUAACUCAAGUUGUAUUUUGUUAAGGUAUCUUUUAGUUGGUGUGCUACUGUGCUGUUUUUACAGUAUAGUAUUGAAGAUGUUGGAGCAUAAUAAUAACAAGAAAUGAUCGCCAAAAAAGGACACUUAUUUUCUGUAUUAUGAUUUAAUCAAUAGAGCGUUGCUGUGUAUACUAACAACUAACCUACUACUACUACUACUAAUACUAAUAAUGAUAAUAAUGAGUUUCCCCGCAGUGUUUUAAUAAUAAUAAUAAUAAUAAUAAUAAUAAUAAUAAUAAUAAUAAUAAUAAUAAUAAUAAUGAGUUUCCCCGCAGUGUUUUAAUAAUAAUAAUAAUAAUAAUAAUAAUAAUAAUAAUAAUAAUAAUAAUAAUAAUAAUAAUAAUAAUAAUUUUCCCUGUAGUGUUUUAGUUUAAAUGUUAUUAUAAAUUUGCUUUAUUCAAUUACUGUAUUUAAAAAGCAAUUUCAGUGCGCUGUACUUUAAAUAUCGUAAUUAUGUUUUGGAGCAGACGCAUUUUAAAGUAGGUCACGCAGCGGACGACCUUUGCUACUUAACAGGAGAUUCGGCGUAACAAGUGUUAGGAGCACGCGCAUCAAAUCAUUUCACGUCACUUGGAUGCUAAAAAAGACGCUUGGACUUGAAAUACGCUCUCUACAGUUUUUCAUGCAUAAUGUCAAAUAAAAUGUCAUUGCGAGUAAAGACUAAAACCACCUCUACCGAGCGAGCUUGUCAUGCGAGUAAAAAGUUGCGGUUAACCAUUUUCCAUAGCGUUUGUCGCGUUUGCUUAGUAUUUUACCCCAACCUUAGUAUUUUACCCCAAUUAUCUAAUGUUGAGUUUAAAUCAUGCAGCAACGACAGCAACAGUGCAUCUUACCAAUUUAACUGUGAAAAACAGUGCUGACGACGACGUUGCUGAAGAAGAACUAGGCCUGGGGGCAAAAAGUAAACUAGAUUCGCCUCCAAGACCACCGUCCAGUCCCACUCAUAACCCUCAUCCUGCUGUCCUUACCUUCAGUAACGAACCUGCCAAAUGGAAAGUGGACGAGUCACACAAACGCAUACUAACACUGUAACCACGCAAACGGGGUUUUCAGUCAGUUAGGUGGCUAUUAGUAGAAGCUCUAGUAUCAAAGUUUAUGAAAAGUAUUUUUACUUGCAUGUUUCAUCAGUUUCAAGAAGUGUUACAGAUUGGACCUCUUAUUUUUUUCUUCACCCUGCUACAGUAUAUUUGAGUAAGUAGACUAAAUACAGCAUUGGUACCUGCUGUAUAAUACACCUAUUUUUAUAUUUGUUUUAAACCAUAUUGUUAAUGAUAAUAAUAAUACAGCAACUGAAUGUAUAAACAGGAUUUAUUUUGGGCCGCAGUGUAGAGUAGUGGUUAGGGCUCUUGACCUGAGGGGGGACACACUGCUUAGCAUCCAGGAUAUUACAAGAUAUCACAAUAUUUUUACAUACAAUUACCCAUUUAUACAGUGUUUUUUUUCUUUUAUAUAAAAAUAGGUUUUCAGUUUGAUUUUUAAGUCUGAGUGAUGUGAUAUUAUUGUAUGCUUGUAGUGGGUACUUUAGACUAACCAUAUUUGUAACAAUGUAUUCAUAUACAAAAAUGUAAUGUAAUCAUACUUAUAUGUUGCUUAAAUAGUGUUGGAAUACUUUCAAUUGGCUAAAAGACACCAGACUACCUGGAUUGUCUUAAUUAAGCUAAUCAAUUUGUAGUAGAUUUAUAUAUCACUCAAUUCAAUUAAUAAAACAGAGAAGUAUUUUACUCUGAUUCAUAAA